UCGGUCUCGAGAAACAAGUAGUCUGGUCAAGUGGUCAGAUCAGAUAUUCUCUCAACUGUGUCUCUUGUUAUUUGCUAUUAUUUAAAGUUAGUUAGGUGCGCGUGACAGGUGCAUUUUGUUUUAGUUUUUUUUUUCCGGUACGAGAACUAUAUGGCGUUUCCGUUUUUCGUUUGUUUUGUCUCUUUAUCGACGCCCGGCUGAUUGACGGCAUGCGAUUUGUUACACUGUGAUUUGUGUCAGUUUAUGUAUUCGUAUUGACAAAAAUGACACCGACGUCAUUAAUUAUAUGAGUUAUGCUACGAACGUUUUAUAAACUACAAUUUUAUGAUCACUUAAAACAUGAAACUCUCACUAAAACGCCUCAAAGACGAUAACUGCAAGUGUUAAAUAUUUUUUAAGUUUUUAUUUCUUGGUAGUUAAGUGAACAUAUAUAUUCGAUGAGUGGACUUAGAAAACCCUAUAAAGGGAACCGCCAUUGGUUCUUGCUUGUUUCAUUGACUGUUAUCAGUGCUGCGGCGGCAGAAUACAAAGGUCUUUACACAACUUCUCUUUCGCACGUCCAUGAAACAAUUCCACAACGAGUUACCAUCACAGGAGAACAUCUCAGUCAAGAUGUCACAACAUAUGUUAACGAUCCUUCGGAGUAUGUUCAUUUCAACUUGACCAUAGAUAAUGAUGUAUACUUUUUGGCCCUUCAACCUUCGAGAAAUUUCUUUACGAAAUCCAUGAUAAUAGAAAAAAGGGGUAAACAUAAACAUGAAAGAGUAGAUGCUAGGACUCAAAUCAAAAACUGUCAUUAUCAUGGAGUCAUUCGUGGGCAACAAAAUUCUAAAGUAGCAAUAUCUGCAUGUAAUGGACUAACCGGAAUAAUUUAUUCACAAAAAGGCAACUACUAUAUAGAACCAGCUUACCAUCCUUUAAAAAAAGUUCAACCGGGUCAUAAUCACUUAAUUUACAAAAGAUCCGCUGUUAUAACGAAUCAUUUGAAGAAGCGAAAAAAGAAGAGAAAAAAACAAACUAAUUGUGGAACUAGAGUUCCAAAAAAAUGGACUUUGCUAGAGUGGCAAAGCCAACAAGGCAAACUGAAAGUUCAAAGAAAAAAAUCCAAACUAAGAAAUGUAAUAAAAAUACCCACUAUAGAAAAAAACAACAUGAAAAAACUUAAAUAUAAACAAAAUAAGAAAACCGGAAGAAACCAAAGAUCUGUUAGUUUAAACCAUUUCGUUGAAACUCUAGUAGUAGCUGAUGCUAGUAUGGUUGAUUUUCAUCAAGAUGGCGAUAUCGAGACAUACAUUCUGACUCUCAUGAAUAUGGUUUCUAUGCUAUAUCAAGACCCUACUCUUGGAAAUAGCGUCAAAAUCGUGGUGGUGAAAAUUAUUCUGAUAGAAGAUCCUUUGUCAGAACCUAUUCUUAACGUAACAACAAACGCAGACACUACUUUAAAAACAUUUUGUAAAUGGCAACUAGGUCUUAAUCCCGGACAGGAUUCCCAUCCUCAUCAUCACGACGUUGCCGUUUUAAUCACCAGAAAGGAUAUUUGCGCUAGACAGGAAGCUCCCUGUGGUACUUUGGGAGUAGCGCAUAUUGGUGGUAUGUGUAAAGCGAGCAGAAGUUGUAGUGUGAAUGAAGAUAACGGAAUUACAUCUGCACAUACUAUAGCGCACGAGCUAGGACACAACUUCGGUAUGAUUCACGAUACAGAAAAAACCGGAUGCAAAAGAAGGGAAGGAAACACCAUUCAUAUAAUGACACCGAAUUUUGAACCAGAUACAGUUACUGUAAAUUGGUCGAAUUGCAGUCGUAGAGAAAUCACCAGAUUUCUAGAUAAAGGAUUAGGACAAUGUCUUCGAGAUAUACCAGAAGAAGUAGAUAGAUAUAAAUAUCCCGAUUUACCCGCUGGUGUUAUGUACGAUGCAAACUACCAAUGUCGUUUACAAUUUGGUAAAAAAGCAACAUUAUGUACACCUCUCGAUGAAAUCUGUUUACACAUUUGGUGUUCUGUUAACAACACUUGCACUACCCUCCUCCGACCCGCAGCAGAAGGUACAUACUGUGGAAAACAUAAAUGGUGCCAGAACCGUGAAUGUGUAUUGAUGCUGGAACCUCCUACUGCCAUAGACGGUGGAUGGGGGGAAUGGAGUUCUUGGAGUGACUGCUCAAAAACCUGCGGUGCUGGUGUUUCAGUCAAGGAAAGAGAAUGUAAUCAUCCCACACCAGCUUUCGGUGGUAAAUACUGCGUUGGUGAGAGGAAGAGAUAUAGAAUAUGUAAUACACAGGCGUGUCCAGCUGGAGAACCUACCUUUAGAGCAGCUCAAUGUUCGGAAUUUGAUGAUCAGCUCUAUGAAGGGAAAAAAUAUAAAUGGCAACCUUAUUUCGAUGAAGGUGAACCAUGCCAACUAUACUGCAGCGACGCGAACGAAACCGUAAUUGUUCCUUGGGGUGAUUAUGCCAAAGACGGUACACCCUGUAGUGUUGUUUCUAGAGACGUAUGUAUAGCAGGAAUAUGUAAGAAAGUCGGAUGCGACUGGGUAGUUGAUUCUAAAACCGAGGAGGACGAUUGUGGAAUUUGUCAAGGAGAUGGAAGUAAAUGCGACAAAAAGCAAGGGAUCUACGAUAAACAAAAUUGGUCCCCGGGCUACAGGGAAAUUGUGGUCAUACCGAAAGGCGCUAGAAAUAUUCGAAUCGAGGAAAAAGAUCAUUCUCCGAACUAUAUCAGCAUUGGAAGUGCCCUUGCUAGGAGGUUCUAUUUAAACGGAGCGAGACAUAUUUUUCUGCCAGGAGAAUAUACCGUGGCUGGAACACAAGCGUUGUAUGGAAGAGACAAUCAAUUGGAAAAAAUUCGUAUUCCUGGACCUAUAAUGGAACCUAUCGUCGUUUAUAUAUAUUAUCGAGGAAACACCUUUAAUCCAGGCGUGGAAUAUAAAUAUUCGAUUUGGAAGCAAGAGAAAACUAAGGAAGUUAAUUACGUAUGGAUAUUAGGAGAAUGGUCACAAUGCUCAGUAACCUGUGGUGGAGGAACACAACAAAAACAACCACUUUGUCAGGAGUCGGUGAUAACAGGAAUGACAAAUGAAUCAGAGAGACCGACUCUAGUAGAAGAUUAUUAUUGCGAACCUAAAGACAAACCUGACUUGCAAAUGAGAGCUUGUAACGAAGAUAAUUGUCCAUCCAAGUGGUGGUUUGGACCUUGGCAAGCUUGCACUGCUAGUUGUAUCGGAAAGGGUAAGAAACCAAUCAAACGACGAAGUGUUGUAUGUGUGGAUGAUAAAGAGACGGCGCUGCCGGAUAAAUUCUGUGACAAAAGGAGUAAACCUUACGAAUAUAAACCUUGCACAUCUCUGCCUCCUUGUGAAGAUUUGUAAUUCAUAUUCCUAUCUUUAUUCAUAAAUAUAUUUUA